CUUACAGAUUUGAUAUGGCUACACUCUUUUGUGAUUUACAAACCAAGGGGAAAGUCAUUCUCAUUCUGGCUGUAAUCAUAGUUGAGGUUUUGAUGUACCACGUGUCACUUCCAUAUAAAAAAAUAUCGCAUCCUGCCCCGGCUCGUCCAAAGACAAACAGCACGCACGUGAUACAAAACACGGACAAGCCUGUACUGCUGCUGUGGUUCUGGCCUGAAAACAAACGUUUUGACCUUCAAGACUGCAAGACACUUUUUCAAAUUGACACCUGCCACCUCACAGAUGAUAGAUCUUUAUACUCCAGAGCUCAGGGAGUUUUGGUAUUUCACAACGCUAUCCAGGAUGACCUCUCCAACCUCCCCACUUCACCUAGACCCAGCUUUCAGAGGUGGAUCUGGUUUAACACGGCCUCGCCUAACAACACUCGCAGAAUCAAAGGCACUCAAGGCCUUUUUAAUUUAACCAUGAGCUACAGGAGGGAUGCAGAUAUCCAUGUCCACUGGAGACUGACUCUCAAGAAGGACACGGAUGAAGAUUUUGUGCUUCCCAGGAAGGAACGAUUGCUUUGUUUGAUUCUUGAUAGAGGUGACCCCCACACACAAGCAUGGAAGAGCUACUAUGAAGAGCUCACUAAACACAUAAAGGUGGAUGUCUUUUACAGCUUGUCUGCCAGUUUCUCAAAGAGUAAGAACUAUUUCCAGACUGUCAGCAGCUGCAAAUUCUACCUUUCCUUUGAGAGUUCAACUCACAGAGAUGACAUUACAGAAUCGUUCAAUGGACCUCUUGCAGCUGGCACUGUGCCGAUAGUUUUGGGCCCCCCGAGAAGGAACUAUGAGGAUUUAGCCCCAGGUUCCUCCUUCAUACAUGUAAAUGACUUUCCUCAUGCCACAAAACUGGUUGAGUUCCUCCUGAGGCUGGAUAAGGAUCACAAGGCUUAUAUGAGAUACUUUGAUUGGCGGCGAUUUUAUACUGCUAGACGUCAUCCUACUGAGGAGAAUCGUAAGUUUUCACACGCUAUCUGCCAGGCCUGCUAUCAUGUGGGUGUGAACAGGGUGUACAGAGUUGUACCUGAUCUGUACAAGUGGUUCUUUAUAUGAAGCUACAGUGAUCCACUGCCCCUUUCAACUCUUUCAAAGAGACACAUUUGAAUCAUGAUAUAGAGAGAAUUACUCUUGUAUUGUCUACUUUUGUACAUCAAGGAUAUAGUUCGCUACCACCUUCCUCUGUGAGUGGGAACUCAUCAAAAAUUCACCUGUUUGCUAUCCUGGAAGCAAAAUGGUGAAAACAAGCUCCCCUUUGAAUAUGUGCAUGCCCACACGUCUUCUGUCAGCAGACUGAAAACCCACCUGUUUUGACUGCACACACCUCCCAUUUCUGAAUAGCUCUUAAAAUGGCUUGGCUCAUUUGAAGCUAACGAGGAUUCUUGCUGUUCUGAAUGUGUAUCCUCGUGGUUCAUUGCACUCUAAUUUGCUUUGUUUGAAAGCAUCAGCUAAAUGAAGUGUAAUGUGUAUGAAAACAAUACAACUUUUGGCUCAACACAGGUAUGCCAGACUUUUUCAUGAAACUACUUAAUAAAGACUAUUUUAGUUUUCUUGGGUUUUUGGAUUGAACUCUAAACUAAACAUUAUGACCAUUAAAGGGUCAGUUACUCAUAUGAUUCAUUUGCCCCAAGGGUGUUCAGUGAAUUACACAGGGUAUUGGGGCACUGUUUUUGGAAAAGCGAUGCUGUUGAAUUUUUCCAAGCUGAAAGAUGUUAAGAUAAAGAAUGCCAAAAAACAGAUAUGAAUGC